AUGCGGCGGGGCCGGCCCGGGGCGGGGCGGGGAGCGGCGGCCUCGGCCAUGGGGCGUCCGGUGCUGCUCGCCGCCGCCGCCGCGCUGCUGCUGCUGCCGCCCGGCACAGGGGCCGCCGUCACCCACCUCAGAGUCUCCGCCAACUUCGAGUGCCGGGCCACCGCCGACAGGACGCUGAGCCGUCCCCGCUGCCGCCGCCCGACCCGCCCCGUGCUGCCGCUGGAGCCGCCCGCCCUGUCGCUGAGCCGUGCCCGGCUGUGCCUGCCCGCGCAGCCCUGCCAGCCCUGCCUGCGGGUGCGGCUGGCCCUCCCCGCCGCAGAGCUCGGCGGUGUCCGUGGGCUGCUGCUCACCUUCCUGGAGCUGGGCUCCAACCGGGCCGGCUGGCUGCAGGUCUGGCAGCGGCGCCGGGUGCUGGACAGCUCGACGUGGCAGGUGCAGUUCGACUGCUUCCCGGCUGAGAGUGGGCAGCAGGUCCUUGUCUCCCUCCGCACCAUCCCAGACCGGGGCUUGUCCCUCAGCCGCAGACGCCUGGUCACCGCUGAGCCACGUGAGCCCGUCUUCACCCAUGCGUGGGUCCCUGAGGCACGGGCCAUUGAGGUGUGGGUGCCCAAGGGUCCUGCCCUCAUGGUGCGGCUGUGCCAUCAGCUGGCCCUGGAGUGUGAGGAGCUUCCCCAGCCCUUCCACCGGCAGGUGCGGGUGCCAGGCGGCCACCGCGUCUCGCUGCCAUAUGAGUUCCUGGUGCCCUGCCUGUGCAUUGAGGCCUCCUACCCUCACCACGACAGCUUGCGGAGCAAGCGCUGCCCCUUCCGUGAUCAGCCGGAUGCCUAUGGCCCUGAGCUGUGGUCCUCGGUGCGCUUCCACGACUACAGUGCCAGCAGCAAGGACCAGAUGGCAAUGGCGCUGACUGCCAGCUGCCCCCUGCACCCACAGGCCACGCUGUGCUGGAGGGAGGCAGCGGAUGAAGCCGCACCCUGCCACAGCAUCCCCAACUCCACAGCCAGCGAGGAGGAGCAGGUUUACACACUGGACAAGGUGGACGUGCACCCCCAGCUCUGCUUCCGAUUCUCCUACAGGAACAGCAGCCAUGUGGAGUGUCCCCACCGGCCAGAGACCACCUGGAACGUCUCAGUGAGUGUCUGGGGACUGCAGCUGCGCCUGCACCUCAGCUCCCGCAUCCCCGCGGCCUUCAGUGCAGCCCUGUGCCAGCGCCGGGGUGGGCAGUGUGAGCCUGAGGCCCCUCUCUACACUGUCACGCAGCCAGAGGGCUCUGCCCCAGGGGAGCUGGCGCUGCUGCUGCCAGUGCAGGUCCUGGGCAGCUGUGUGCUGGUGUGGCGCUCGGACGUGCACUUUGCUCGGAAGCAGCUGCUCUGUCCCGAUGUCUCCCGCAGGCACUUUGGGCUGCUGGGGCUGGUGCUGGCACUGGGGCUGGUCGUGACCGUGCUGCUCCUCAACUGCUGCAGUGCCUGGAGGCCGGACAAUGGUGUUCCGGGCGGGCGCCCUGUGCUGCUGCUGUACUCACCGGACUCGGAGGAGCAUCUGGGGCUGGUGUGCGCCCUGGCUGAGCGGCUGCGUGUGGGGCUGGGCUGCGACGUGCGCCUGGACCUGUGGGAAGCAGGUGGCUUGGGGCAGGCAGGCACCCUGCCCUGGCUCUAUGCCCAGCGGAGCCGCGUGGGCCGCCAGCGUGGCACCGUCCUACUCCUCUGGAGCCGGGGCAGUGCCCAGCUCUUUCGUCGGUGGCAGGUCGGGGUGGCCAGUGGGAUGCCUGGGGAUGCCCACGACAUCUUUGGGGCAGCCAUGGCCUGCCUGCACGGGGAGCUGGGUGCGGCAGGCUGCGGUGGCGGGUGGGUCCUGGCCUACUUCAGCCGGCUCUGCAGCCCCCGCGAUGUGCCCCGGCCCCUCCGGCCCCUGCCCACCUACCGCCUGCCCCGGCAGCUGCCUGGUCUGUUGGGUGCCCUGCGGGGUAGCCCCCCGGCCCCCCGCUGCUGCCACCGGGGCAGGGCUGGGGGUCUCCUGAAUCGACUGAUAGAGGCAGGGGCUGAGGAGGGCAGCCAGCCGCCCCGGCCCCCUGGGGCAGCUGCUGGCACAUGAAUGCCUGAGCUGGGACUGAGCUGGGCAUGGCUGCAGGGCAGGCAGGGCUGGGCACAGCCUUGGUGAGGGCAGGGGCUCUGCCGUGGACGGGCAGGGCUCAGGUGAGCAUGUCCACUGCAGUGCAGGAGGGGUGCCCAUGGGUGCCUCAGCCAGGGGCCACGAGGGUCCAAGCAGGAUUGGCCUCAGCGAUGGAAUGGGCUGAAGUGGCUGGAGCGAGCAUCCAGUUGGUCACCUGGGGCCAGGAGCAGAGAUGUUGUCCUGGGCAGGGACAGCUUUAUUCCUAUUCAGGGACCUGCUCCAGAGGAGAGCCUGUAGAAGCCCCUUUGGACAACACAGCCGAGCGAGGGGUUGACGUGUACUGGAAGAAGCCAAGAGGUGGGGGGACUCCCUGCCCAGGCACAGGGGGCUUAGAGGGGCAGGCGCUGGGCACAGCCUGGCCCUUCUUGCUCUGACAUUGCCAGCAGGACCUGGUUUGUGGUGGAAGCAAUA